AUGAGAGAGGCUCGUGAGCCCAAUGCCGUUUCAGCUUUGCUUGACGUUUUGUGUCUGGAUGUCUCUCACACGCUGUGUUUUCUUCAGAAACUCCUAGAGCAGCUGCGCUCAGAUCCAGACGGGUUUGGCGUGAAGAGUGAGUUUCUGCGUCUUCUGCAGGGAGGAAGGACGCUGGUGGAGUUUAGUUCUCCAAACAUCGCUAAGAAAUUUCACGCCGAACACCUGCGCUCCACUAUAAUCGGAAACUUCAUUGCCAACCUAAAGAAGGCCUUGGGGAAGGAGGUCAUUCGAGUCAAUUAUUUGGGCGCCUGGGGAAUGCAGUUUGGUAAGUUACCUGUUACCGUUAUUAACAAUGCAAUGCUCUUCAUUGACUCUGUGUAUGUUCAGGUGAACCGCGAGGCCGAGCGCGAUGAGAGCGUGCGUUCGGCCGCCGCAGAGUUCUUCAGACGUCUGGAGCGGCGCGAGGAGCAGGCCCUGGCGCUCUGGAGGCAGUUUCGUGAGAUCACGGUGGACGAAUAUAAACGCAUCUAUCAGGCCGAGCGCGAUGAGAGCGUGUGUUCGGCCGCCGCAGAGUUCUUCAGACGUCUGGAGCGGCGCGAGGAGCAGGCCCUGGCGCUCUGGAGGCAGUUUCGUGAGAUCACGGUGGACGAAUAUAAACGCAUCUAUCAGCGUUUAGGAGUUGACUUUGACCAUUACUCUGGAGAGGCGUUUCAUCAGAGUCAAACCCAGAGUGUGCUGGACGAGCUGACGACCACAGGACUCUUAAAGACCACCGAGAAGGGCACGGCUGUGGUGGAUCUGUCUGGAGCGGGCGAUAUGUCGUCUUACGCCACACUGGUGCGCAGUGAUGGGACGUCUCUGUACAUCACCAGAGAUGUCGCAGCUGCGCUGGACAGGAAGCAGAGGUUCGGCUUUGAUGAGAUGAUUUAUGUGACAGAUAAGAGUCAGACAGGCCACUUCCAGCAGCUCUUUCACAUCCUGCGAGCCAUGGGACACCAGUGGGCAGAGAGGUGUGUUCAUGUGGCAUUCGGGCUGGUGCAGGGCAUGAGCACGCGCCGCGGGGAGGUGGUGUUCCUGGAGGACGUGCUGGAGGAGGCUCGCAGCAGGAUGCUCAACAACAUGAGGCAGUCCAGCAGUGAGAGAAAACACUUACUGAUUACCAUCAGAAUGAGAGUCCAGACAGCUGGAGCGUGUCAGGCUGUGGAUGGUCUGCUCGUGAGUGUUGAUGUUCAUGUUUGUGUUCACAGUUUGCUGAGAAGACAUGCGAGUGAGACGCACUCCUGCUGUGACGUCUCUCCUCUGGUGGACAGCAGAAGCGUCUCGGUUCUCCAGCACCUGCUCAUAUAUGAUGAAGUUCUGCUUCAGUCGGUGAAUGAGCUGCAGCGACACCUGCUCAUCUUCCUGAUGACCCUCAGUCACCUGGUGUCCUCGGCUCAUCGAGAGCUGCCCGUGAAGGGAAGCGCAGCGGCCGUGGCUCAGGCCCGACUGUGUCUGUUCAGUGCCGUCCGCUCGGUUCUGGCCAACGGCAUGAGGAUUCUGGGUAUCACGCUGGUGGAGAAAAUGUGAACUUGUUUGUCAAUCUCUAAAUAAAAGUCUUCUUUGUUUGUGCGUGUUCGUUUCCUGGUACAGCAAGUGCAUUCACUUUGGAAGUACACUAUGCAAGCCACUGAGAACAAGAUGCCUAGAUGUCGUUCUGGCCCGUAUCAGAUACAGAAGUGUGUUGUAGUGCUGCUAACAGCCUUCCAUAGCAGCGCUGGAUAGCUUGGACCUUCAUUUCCAAGCCACUGCCGAAAUAAAAACCCAGACAGUAGCUACGUUUACAUGCUGCCCCAUCAUUCAGACGGCAGAGCCUUCAUGUAAAUCAAUUCAUCAGAAACUGCUGAAUCCUAUGUUCUCAAUCGGAUUUCAAAAUAACUGCAGUGCUGUGAUGCAUAUGUUUACGCACUUAUUACGAACUGAUCAAUGGAAACGGAGUUGGGAAAGUAACUUUGAAAAGUAAUAUAUAC